GGUUCAUUACUAGUACCAUUCCGGUUAUUGGUGAAUACACUAACGGACUACACUAUGAACCGUUGGCUGACGUUAGUCUGUGUCCUGGGUUUGCUCAGUGGGGCGCACUCGUUUUACGCCUCUAUUGCGGUGGGAGGCAAUGGUCUGGUAACGAUAGCCAAUAACUUCAAAACAGUUUCCACAAUUAUGGCAAAUUAUUUUACCGCCUUGAACGCCGCCCGUACACCGAUUAUCGCUAGUUUAAAUGAUCUUAUGGGUUAUGUUAAUAAAACUUACACCGCUCUAAACAUAACGUAUGGUGCCAGUCAAGCUAACUUAGUGAGCUUGCUGGAAGUAAUAAAUUCCUUCAACCAGUCAAUCACGUACGCUGAUCAGAUGGUAACUCAGGGAUUUACCCAAAGCUGGGGUACGUUGAUUAAUUCAUUGAAUCAAGGAGUUCAAAAUGUGCUGGGUAUGUAUUCGUCUUUACUAAGCUCUUCGAGUUACCCAGCGAAUGUCGACAACUGCACUGUCCAGAAUGCUACCCGAAUGGCAAACAUUCCAAACAUCAUAGCGAAUGCUGCCCAAUGCUUGCAAGUCGAAACCAAUCAGAUUACGGCUAUCGUGCCAGUGGUUCUAGGAACGAUCGCCACGUUGAAAAGUGACCUGGUAACACUCAACAACAACCUGGCACAAAUUUGUAACGCGGCUUCACCCAAUUGCAUCAACCUGUACUUCAGCGGCAUCUAUCAAGAUUACUAUGCCUUCUUCUCAGAAUUGUACCUGAUACUGACAGUAAUUCAGUCGCCACAGCAGUUUGCCAUACAACGCGACCAGGCGUGCGGAAAUCUUGCCCUUGCCGAUGCACAAGAUGAAAUCAAUGAUCUGAUGAAUAGUUUUACGCAAUGUGCUUACCCAUCGCAAUAAGUUGUAGCAAAAUGUAGUUAUUGAAACUGAUUGGUCCGUACGAAUAAAGGCUUGAAAUACGUA